UGAAGGGUGAACACAGUCAGCUUGCUCGUACAGCGUGGUUCUGCACAUGAGAAAAGUUAGAGGAAAAGUUUUUGAAGCGAUACUCGAAACACAGAUCUAAUUUCCGGGCAAAUGAGUGAGUCUGUUUCUGUCGACUCUUCGCAAAUUCUUGAAUUACCUAUGUGACACAGCCUUUAUUUUUUUUUCUAUCUCUCUGUUUAGUCGAAUUAAUUAAUUAAUUAAUUUUUUAAAAACCCAAAAAACAAAGAUUAUUCUGGUUUCCGUUUCAAUACCGAUGUUUCUGCAAGACGUCCGUGCCUCCGCGCUGCCUCUCAUUCAUCCGGCAGAGGAGACGAGCCCGCGUCCGAGGAUACAAUGAAGCAGUGUGUCCUAGUCCGAGACAAUGCAGCAAGAUGCUACGAGGGGACGAUACUGUUUCUCACAAGAUCGGGGACAUUUUUGCUCGAUUGCAGAGAGAGACCAGCUAAAGUACCUUUCUUAUUGCAGAAUGAAGCUUUAGCAUCUGCAUGACAAGCUAUGACCAGCAACAGAGACUAGACUCUAGACGUCCAAGUACAAAGCCAGGACUCAAGAAUGAAGACCAAAUAUGCAAUCUUCUUCAUCUGUAUCGUUGCCCUGGUCAUCAUCGAGAAGGAAAGCAAUAUCCUGUCAAGGGUCUCUGAUAAGCUGAUCCAGAGGCAGACUCCUCAGCAGACCCCAACGACUCCACUGAAUUACAGCAACACAACACAAAAUGGCUCCUUGACGGUGCUCAAAAUGCUGCUUUCUAAACUCACCAGUGCCAAAGGGAAUUUCUCAAAUUUCUCUGAGGAACAGGCGGAGGAUGAACUGGAUGACCUGGGCACGUACAGCUACAGCAAUGGACGUAAGCACAUAUUACUCUUGGCCACCACACGAACAGGUUCCUCAUUUGUGGGGGAGUUUUUCAACCAGCACGGGGAGAAUAUGUUCUACCUGUUUGAGCCCUUGUGGCAUGUGGAGCGCAUGCUGACCAUGGCCGCAGAGGCAAACAAUGGGACAGUGUUGGCAGGAAUCUACCGGGAUGUACUCCAGGGGCUCUUCUUGUGCGAUUUCUCUCCUCUUGAGAAGUUCAUCUCUCCCCCGCCUCUGGACCACGUCACCCCGGCUCUUUUUCGAAGAGAGUCUAGUUUAUCGCUCUGCGAAGAACCUGUCUGCACUCCUGUGAUCAAAGAUGUUUUUGAGAGGUAUCACUGUAAGACUCGUCGCUGUGGGCCACUGAACUUGACCCUUGCAUCUGAAUCCUGCCUUUCCAAGCAACACCAUGCCAUUAAGACUGUCCGUGUGCGCCAGCUGGACACAUUGCGGCCUUUGGUGGACGACCCUCGCUUGGAUGUGAGAGUGAUCCAGCUUGUCCGAGAUCCACGGGCCAUCUUAGCAUCCCGCAUGGUGGCUUUCUCCUCCAAGUACCAGACGUGGAAGGCCUGGGCGCAGGACGGCCAGGUGCCUGAAGAUGACGAGGAGGUGAAGAGGCUCAAAGGAAACUGUGACCAAAUUAGGAUGUCUGCAGAGGUGGGACUGAGCCGACCUCGCUGGCUGAGGAACCGCUAUAUGUUAGUUCGUUAUGAGGAUAUUGCCCGCUACCCUAUGCAGAAGGCAGAGGAAAUGUACAGGUUCACAGGGAUACCAUUUAGUCCCCAAGCUAGGAAGUGGAUUCUGAGGAACACCCAGACCACACAGGAAGCUAGCGGGAUUUACUCCACCCAGAAGAACUCAUCAGAGCAGGCAGAGAAGUGGAGGUUUAGCAUUCCCUUUACACUUGCUCAGGUAGUGCAGAGAGUGUGUGGACCCACCAUGAAGCUGUUUGGGUACAGGUUUGUGAAUGACGAAAAGACACUGAUGAAUAAGUCCAUGAGUUUGCUUGAGGAAAGAUUGUUUCACUAGUUUUAAAGUCAUACAUGUAGCUGUGAAUAUGCAGAACUCUGCACGCGCCGGAUGGGAGCCAUUAGAAGCCAUUAUUGCACACACCAAAACUAGUAAGCAACGGUGCCAUAAAAGACUAAAUGUUUUACUGGUGACAGUAUUUGGGCCAUACAGUAAUAAUUAUACUCACCAAUGAUGUGCCUCAUUGUAACAAUGAAGAGCCACUUGAUAAAGAAAAGUAUUUAUUUGCAUACCGUGUUCACUGAGGAGCCUGGUACUUAAGCUUUAUGUCAUGCUCUGUGUUUCAUUUAUAUGAAAUAAGCAUAGAUGUCAAGCCUGACAGAUUGCCUGAGAUUAAUAUGUAAGAUUUUAUUGAUAGUUGAUUAUGUUUAGAUCAUCAGGGAUAAACUACAGUGAAAGUGACGUGUAUGUGUUUUGUUUGUGUGUGUGUGUGUGUAUGUGUGUGGAAGAGAGUGUGUUUCUGCUCAUAUGGUUAAUGAAGCUAGUGCUUAAUUCUGCCUUGUUCAACCUGGCUUGUAUUUUAAUAGAUCCGCACUAGACUAGGCAACUGAUAUGAUAACUUUAGAUUAGACCUGAUGUGCGCUGAUAAGGCUUUACAUAACUGACUCAGGUGAAGUGAAUGUUGCAUUGCAUUUUGUGGUGUCUUCAUGAGGAGUAUUCAUAUCCUCCCAACAGUAUACCAUGUGAAAAUAUACAAUACUCUCUGAUGUCUUUAACCAAAUGCCAUUUAAAGCAGUUCUCUUGUGAAAGAAAGAAAUAUACUUUACCUCAGAUACCUUAA